GAUGAUCCUUUUAAACAAUGUCACCCAGCUGAGCUGAGGAAACUCAUUGGACAUUUGAUCACACACACAGUCCAGGAAUUAUUUGAAGGGUAGGAACCCGGAAACCGAUCAGCACAGGCUAGUUCUCCUACAAGUUUAUGCUACUCAGAAUAGAAAGGACAUGAGCACCUCAUUGCAGUACAAGACAUUCUCCAAAGAGCAGCAAACUAUGGAUAAUCUAGAGAAGCAACUCAUAUGUCCAAUAUGCCUGGAAAUGUUCUCCAAACCUGUGGUCAUACUUCCCUGCCAGCAUAAUCUGUGUAGGAAAUGUGCAAGCGAUAUAUUCCAGGCUUCCAAUCCGUAUUUGCCAACACGAGGAGGGAACACAGUAGCAUCAGGUGGACGUUUUCGUUGCCCAUCAUGUAGACAUGAAGUGGUUUUGGACAGACAUGGGGUAUAUGGACUACAAAGGAACUUACUGGUUGAAAAUAUUAUUGACAUUUAUAAACAGGAAUCUACAAGGCCUGAAAGGAAGUCGGACCACCCAAUGUGUGAUGAGCACGAAGAUGAAAAAAUUAACAUAUAUUGUCUUAACUGUGAAGUCCCUACCUGCUCCAUGUGCAAAGUGUUUGGAGCACACAAGGAUUGUGAGGUUGCUCCUUUGACACAAGUUUUCCAAAGACAAAAGUCUGAACUCUCAGAUGGCAUUGCAAUACUGGUUGGAUGUAACGACAGAAUUCAGGCAGUAGUAAGCCAACUGGAGGAGACUUGUAAAACCGUUGAGGAAAAUAGUAAAAGGCAAAAAGAACAACUAUGUGAACGAUUUGAUUUCCUGUUUGCUAUUCUGGAAGAAAGAAAAGGGGAGCUGACCCAAGCAAUCACCAGAGACCAAGAAGAAAGGCUUGAAAGUGUCCGUUCUUUAAUGAAAAAAUAUGGCAGCCACAUGGAGACUGUUUCAAAGCUUGUUGAGUCAGGAAUUCAGUUUAUGGAUGAGCCAGAAAUAGCAGUAUUCCUACAGAAUUCUAAACCCUUGCUACAGAAAAUGACAGAAGCAUCAAGUGAACUUCAUAUGGAAAAAGUAGAAGCUGGAUAUGAAAACAUGAAUCAUUUUACGGUGGAUCUAAACAGAGAAGAAAGGAUAAUUAGAGAAAUAGACUUUUACAGAGAAGAGGAGGAAGAAGAGGAGGAAGAAGAAGAUACAGCAGCAGAAGGUGAAGAUGGUGAUGGGGUCCACACAGAGGGGGAAGAAGAUGUAGCAGAAAAAGGUGCACAGACAUCCCAGCUGAAUAAAACAGAUAUCACAGCUGAAAGACUACCUCCACCUCCAGAACUUGAGCUCAGUACUCCAUCUGUUCCUGCUCCUCAGAAUGAAACUGUUGUAUCUGUCCAGGGAGAAGCACAGGAGCAGACAGGGGCAAACCAACCAGAUAGCCCAGCUGAUGCAAAACAUGUCUUCUCCUUCACUUGGCUCAAUACUGUACCUAAAUAACUCUUAGGCUCAUCCGAGACUCUCUAAGUGACACAUGCAACUCUGCACUGGUGGAUCCCACUGGGAUAUUCUUCAUCCCUGUUGUGAUUGUAUUUUAUUUUAUUUCUUAACAUGAUACUUCUUCUGCAUCUGGAAAUCUGCACAGGUCCAUACCAAACCUUCUGCCUAUGUCAUUAGUGGCGUACACCAUAAACCAUUUUAGCUUCCAGAUGUGGCUAUACAGAACUCUUCAUAUUCUCCAUACCUCAUACAGAGAUACUGUGCGACUAUAACACUCCACUCCUCAAGGAAAAUCAGUGAGGAAAAUCUGCCAAAAGGCCUCUUAAAUGAGUGGCCAUGAUCAUCACUUGUCUGUUGUCUAACUCUCUGUGUGUCUUUUCCAUCAUUUGUAGCAAGGGCAGCAACACUACCAAACUUUCAGUGUUUGUGAAUUGGAUGUCUACAAUUCAAUACGAGUCACUUAUUCCAUAGAACCUCGUGUCACUCCUUCCUAAUCUUGUUGGUGGGGCUUUAACAUGAACAAAAGUAUUUUGUUAUGACGUAUUUCAUGUAUGUGGGUGCAAGAGAGUCAUUCUCUGUUCAGCUCAAAAUUUAGGACCAUCUCUUUCCAUACAAAAUUGUGGAGAAAUGUACAGCACACCUUCUAACCAAAAAAACUAUAAUAAACACAUAAAGCUUUGUAGAUUUUAUUUAAAAAUAUAGAUAUUAGAUGUUAUGUUACACACCCAAGUUGCACCAAUGCUGAAUAGAUGUUUUAUUAUGGAAAUGUAUACAAUAAACUUUGAUGCAAAAUAAAUUACAACAAUUCUUUCCCCUCCCAGAGGAAAACCCCCUUAGGUUUCGAGAGAUUAAGCUUAUCCCUUAAGACUUUAAAAUGCAACCCUCACCAAAUGGGUGUUUCUCAGGAAAUAUACCACAAGAAUAACCUGUGACUGUAAAAUAAAAUAAAAAAGGAUAUAUUUACAAACUA